UUUCACUCCCGGAACCUUAGUUGGAGUAACCUCUCCGGGGAAGGUAUUUAUGGUCACGCUUUAAAAAAAAAAAUUAUUGGAAAUUAGCAACGUUUAGCCGUUUAUAUACAUGGACUUACUGUAGAUAUUAAUUGACUGAUCACUGUACGCGCGAACAGCCAAGCUCAUUGAAGAGUACAGCGCAUAUCGUUCAAGGGCUCCUGAUGAAGGUGUGUAGGUAAUACUUUGAGACCCCUGUAAGACGCCAUGUCUGAAGAGGCGAUUUCAGAAAGUGACCUGGAGCCCAGCCUUGACAGUGAAGAGGAGUAUUUGGACAAUGAGGAAGAGGAGGACAAUGAUGACAUGGAGGAAGAUGAGAAUGAAAAUGAUGGAGAUGAUGAAGACGACUAUGUUGAUCGGCCCGCCAGUGCCCAGAGCAGGACAGAAACAGCUCAGGAUGGCAGGGACUCUACCUCAGCUACCUCCGGAGAGGCUUCCUCUGAGCCUCCAUCUCGGCCUGCAUCCCAACCAUCCUCUGGGGGUCCCUCCAGACCUGCCUCUCGCUCUCAGCCUCCAACCAGCCUGGAGAAUUCAAGCCAGAGCAAGCCACCUUCCAGCAAAACCAAGAAACAAAAAGCCUCUAAAUUAACCAAAUCCUCCAAGUCUUCAAAAGGCUCCAAACUUUCCAAGCCAUCUAAGCCUGCACAUAUGAGGAAAAAUAUCAGAAAGCUGCUGAAAGAGGAUCAGCUGGAGGCUGGGACCAAGGCUGCUCAACAGGAAGAGAUGGAGAGGCGAAAACGCCUGGAGCAGCAGAGAAAGGACUUUCCUACGCCAGCCCCAGCUGUCCCAGACUCUCAACUAGUGGACACUGCUUCAAUAUUAGGAGAAGUAUCUCACUUGGUCCCCGCUCUCCUGAGCAAGCAGGAUGUGAUUUGUCUGGACAGCAGUGGUGAUGAAGAUGAAAAAGUGGAGCCAAAGUUGCCUCCACUUGCCAUUAGAGAUGAUGUAAUUGAGCUCAGUUCUGGGGACGAGGACGCCCUGCAAAUAAGUAGCGAGUCGGCCGACGAGGACGCUGAUGGCACCACUGGCUCAGAGGAGAGCAGCGGGGCACACAUCAACGACGAUUUGAACCUGCCUGAUACCCAGGGUCGAGUGCUGGUUAAUAUCAAUCACCCUGCGGAGGAAAAAGACAUUUAUCUUGCUCCACAGCUGGCCAGGACUGUCAAACCUCACCAGAUCGGGGGAAUUCGGUUUCUCUAUGAUAACCUCAUUGAGUCUCUGGAGCGUUAUAAGACCAGCAGUGGCUUUGGCUGCAUCCUUGCCCACAGCAUGGGGCUGGGCAAGACACUGCAGGUCAUUUCCUUCAUUGACAUCCUACUGAAGAAUACUGAGGCCCACACUGUGCUAGCCAUUGUCCCUGUGAACACACUUCAGAACUGGCUGACAGAGUUUAACCUCUGGCUCCCACCUCAAGAAGCCCUCUCCCCUGACACUGACCCUGCACUAGUCACUGGCCGCACAUUCAAAGUUCACAUUCUCAACGAUGAGCACAAAACGACACUGGCCAGGGCCAAGGUUGUGGAGGACUGGUCCAGAGAUGGAGGCGUGUUGCUCAUGGGUUAUGAGAUGUACCGUCUGCUGUCCAUGAAGAAGAGCUUUGUUAUGGGCAAGAAGAGGAAAUCAAAGAAGCCCGCAGGACCAAUCAUCAUUGACCUUGAUGAAGAAGAUAGACAGCAGGAACUCAUGAAAGGUAUUGAAAAGGCCAUUGCGCGGCCUGGACCAGAUGUGGUGAUCUGUGACGAGGGCCAUCGCAUUAAGAACUACCAUGCCAGCACAUCACAGGCCCUGAAGAACAUCCGCUCCCGGCGCAGAGUAGUUCUAACAGGUUAUCCGUUGCAGAACAACCUCAUUGAGUACUGGUGCAUGGUGGACUUUGUUAGGCCCGACUUUUUAGGCACACGCCAGGAGUUCAGCAACAUGUUCGAGCGGCCCAUUCUGAAUGGGCAGUGCGUGGACAGCACACCUCAAGAUGUCCGCCUCAUGCGCUACCGCAGCCAUGUGCUGCACAGCCUGUUGGAGGGUUUUGUCCAGAGACGGGGUCAUGAUGUGCUGCGGGACCAGCUUCCCACCAAGGAGGAGCAUGUCAUCUUAGUGCGGCUCUCUCCCAUUCAGAGGGCGCUGUAUACCGAGUUUAUGAAACGCUUCCGAGAAGCAGGAAACAGCGGCUGGCUCGGUCUUAACCCACUCAAAGCCUUCUGUGUAUGCUGCAAGAUCUGGAAUCACCCCGACGUCCUUUAUGAAGCCCUGCAGAAGGAGAAUCAGGCCAACGAGCAGGACCUGGACCUCGAUGACAUCACUUCAGCCAGUAACCCUCGCUGCCCCGCACCUGGUGGUGGCCUCAAAGCCAAAGUAGCUGACUCGAGCAACAGCAAAGUUAACAACACUCUGCCACCACUCAAUCCCUCGCAAGAUAGAGCCAAUCAAGUCAUUACAUAUGAAUGGGCAAAGGACAUAAUGUCAAACUACCAAACCGGAGUUCUCCAAAACUCUGCCAAGAUGGUUCUGCUCUUUCACUUGAUUGAUGAGAGUGUGAGAAGAAGAGACAAGAUAUUGGUGUUUAGUCAAAGCUUGUCCACACUGACUGUCAUUGAGGACUUCUUAUCAAAGAGACCCAUGCCAACAAACAUCGCCUCCUCUGACACCCACAGUCAAAACUGGGUUCGCAACCUCAAUUACUACAGACUGGAUGGGAGUACAUCUGCCUCAGAAAGAGAGCGACUUAUCAAUCAGUUUAAUGACCCAGAGAACAACGCAGCAUGGGUCUUCCUACUUUCCACCAGAGCGGGCUGCUUAGGUGUAAAUCUAAUUGGGGCCAACCGCGUCGUUGUGUUUGACGCCUCCUGGAACCCCUGUCAUGAUGCCCAGGCAGUGUGUAGGGUGUAUCGUUAUGGUCAAAGGAAACCGUGCUACAUUUACCGCCUCGUUUGUGAUUUCACCUUAGAGAAGAAAAUCUAUGACAGACAAGUCUCCAAACAGGGCAUGUCUGACCGAGUGGUUGAUGACCUGAACCCAGUGCUGAACUUUACUCGUAAGGAAGUUGAGUCACUGCUGCACUUUGUAGAGGAGGAGCAGGAAGCCAACAAAAUCGCUCUGGGAUCCCGGGACACCUUUGAGACAGUGAUAUACCAAGCCUGUCAGUUUUACCCACACCUUAUCACCAAGCAACCUUUCCAUCAUGAGUCCCUGCUGGUAGACCGGAAAGAGUCGAAACUGACCAAAGCAGAGAAAAGAGCUGCCAAGAAGAGCUAUGAGGAUGAGAAACGAGCUUCUGUGCCCUAUUCUCGCCCAUCGUACGCCCCCUAUUAUCCAACCAGUGAUCAGACGCUCACAAACAUACCAGCAUUUAACCAACGGGGCUGGCGUCCCAUGGCAAGGCCGGAUGAGAAGCCUGUGGCAAGUGUCAGGCCCAUCCAGUCGACGCCAAUCCCCAUGAUGCCUCGCCAGGUCGGCAUGGGCAUGGCUGGCUCCAGCUCUGCUGGCAGCCUGCCUGUCAACUUCCUGCAGAAAGCUGGAGUCUACGUGCAGAGGAUUGUCACGUCAACUGAUAUUGUAAUCCCAGGAGCCAACAGCACAACUGAUGUUCAAGCUCGGAUUAGUGCAGGAGAGAGUAUCCAUGUUAUCAGAGGAUCUAAAGGUACCUAUAUUAGGACGAAUGAUGGAAGAAUAUUUGCUAUUCGAUCUGGAAAGAUCAGUAGACCGGUAGUCGGGGGCUCUGCUGCAUCAAGAGACACCCAAGGUUCCCUGAUCCAUCCAGUCAGUAAUGGCUGUUCAUCUCCUGUAGAUCAACAGCAGCGCUCUCCCAACGGAGAACAACGUCCCUCCUCUCCUUUAAGCUCUGAGAUUCUCCGAGAACUCAGCCGCUACACUUCAUCCACAGGUGAUGCAGCCACUGGCAUGGGGAAUGAGUUGCUGUCACCCCCAGAUGUGUCGGCUGUACCAGCAGGAGACGGGGGCAGUUCACAAAUCAGUCAGACUGGUGACCUCAGUAGGCAACUCAGUGACGACCUCCUGAGCUCAUCAUUAGAGAUGCAUGGCACCAAACGCAAGAGUACUGAAAGCCAGGGCACCAAACAAAUAGGAGGCAAACGCACCUCUGCUGCAACACGUUUCCCUGGACUGUCCAUGAGUUCCAGUGGCCUCAGUUUUCCUCCUGUGGGUUUGAACUCUUCCUCCCUACUGGGGAACCUAGGGCACAUGAGUCAUCCACUUCUGAUGGGUGGCAGUGGUGGAUCAUCAUUCCUUCAGACACCAGGACAAACACUGGCUGACCUACAGACCAUGUUCCCCUCUGCAGGCUCAGACCUACUGAGACAGUCUGCCACAGGGAACGGGCACCUUCCAAUCCCCUCCUCGUCCUCUCUGUCUACUGUUUUCUCCUCUGCUUCCACCACAAUUCCUAUGUCAUCUACGCCCUCUGCAGCAACUUCUUCCUCCCUGGCACAAGGUUCUCUGCCGCCAUACUUGAUGAACCCCAACAUGGCUGGCCUACUUUCAUCAGGCUUCCCUCUCAACUACAGCCAGUCAUUGCUCUCUGAGCCAAGGAUGUUCCCCACCCCUCUCCUCUCUGGGUCAGGGGGGUUCCCUGCACCUAACUCCAGUUCUACUACAUCCAGCUUCCUCUCUCAUUACAACAACCCCACCUCCAGCCUGUUGGGGGCAGCUCUGACCCAACCGGACAGACAUCAGAGUACAGAGAAUGGCGGCAGUAGUUCUGAUGACGAUGUUAUAGAGGUGACAGGACAAUAGACACUCAUGAAGUCACGGAGAAGCAGAUUCACACACACAAUCUUGUUAAUCACGGUUAACAUAAAAUACAUUAGGGAUGGGAAUGAUUACAUGUUUACCUGCCUAAAUGAUCUCAAUUAAUUCUGUUACAGUAUCUACCCCAACCCAUAAACUGAUGAAUGAUGGCCAGAUACAUCGUUACAUUUUGAAUGUGUGAGCACAUCAAAAUGCAAAUGAGCUCGGGAUAAAAAAGUUAAACUCUUCAAUGAUGAGGUGACAUAAAAAAAAAAAAAACUAAAUAACUUCUCUGAUCUAAAAAUUUAUGUUAUUUCCUAACACAUACUAUGAAAUUGGAAAAGGCUGUGAUGGAAGUUCUAUGUGGUUCAGUUCAGUUUGUUGUUAGACUAUCCAUUUAAACAGCAGACAUCAGCCAGCUAAUUAUCAGUGAAAUAAAAUUCCCAUUCCUAAUGGUCUCAUUAAACUUCUCUCACACACACACAGACGGACUCUCACCUGCAAUUGAGGGAAUCAACGUGUACCUUAAUGACUUUACAAAGUCAGAGUAAAAAAUCCUAAUGCUGAAUAUCCCAGGCUUGUUCAGCUGGAGCAUCAGAGUGGUGGGAACAGACAUUUGUCGUACGGGGACCAGCUGAAACUUUCGGGGGCUUUCUAAGCACAGCCUCUCCUGCUACAGUUGUAAGCAAGGCCUCGCCCUGCAGUUAGUUUUAGUUCCUCUGAAUUCAGAUGGAAUAAUGUGAUUUAAAACUGCUUAAUGUUGGAUUUUCUCAUGAUAUAUUGCUGUGAAACAGGAGAGUGCAUUAAAAUUUGACUUGAUGUUAGACGUGGCAGCCGUACUCACCUGCUAAACUCUUAAUUUGCUCAUUUCAGUUUUCUUUUCUGGUAAACAAAACUGAAAAGCUAUAUACCACAAUGAAUAAGUCACAGUGGCUACAGAACGUGGUGUUAAUGUUUGUGAAAAUCCUCUUAACAAUAUAUUUAGAGAAAAUCCUUCAAGGCUUACCUUAAACAACAGACAUUUUAGGCUUUCAGAGCAGAUUUUAGUCUUUAGCUAUUCGAUAGACAUCGUAGCAUCCCCUGUUGAAAGGAUAUUAUGUGUGAUACUAUAACUGAACAUGUUGAUACUUUGUAAAUAGCAGUCAUUAUCAUUGUUUAUAUUGCAAGUCAAUACUGUCCAGUGUUUAGAUUUUGGUCAUAGGGAGAUGGUUUAUUAUUACAGUGACUAUCAUGGCGAUAAACAUGGCCCUGCAUAAAUGCUGGGGAAACAAAUUUAUGUUCAACUUUAUAAUUUUCCGUUUUUUUUUUUUUUUUAUUAAAAAAAAUGAAUGUACUUUCAUGUUAGCCUUUGAUAACACAGGGGCUGGGAAAUGGAUUCAGACUGUGUUCUUUCAUUUUAGCCUUAAAUAACACAAAGGGGUCUUGAGUCUUAGCAUUUAUCAUAGUACAUCCUUUUUACAAGUGUGUUGGGAGAACUACUGAGCAUUUAGACAGUUGGUGUCAAACUCCAAACACAAGUUUAGGGCAGAUUCCGCAUCCUGACUAAAAGCAUGAAGUCUGGAAACCAAAAGGAGUGCAAACCAAGAUGCAUUGUUGCCGGCACAUUCGCAAAAGCUCGUCACCACUCUUUUGUUGCAGUUUUUUCCAAAGUGUCCCCACCAUCUGUUGAUAUAUCAUCACUGAGUCAGCCAACAUGCUACAUGUAGUUUUGACUAUCAUAAUUUUCCUCUGGAUAAUUUUCAGGAACUCUUGAGAACAAAUAUUACCUAAACUGUAGAAACCAUUGCAUUCGUGCAGCCUGAGUGUAUAAAACCAAAGUCAAUGUAGCCACCAACCAUCAAAUCCGAUCUAUAGAGGUGUGUUUGUGUAUGUGUGUGUAUGUCUGUGUGUGUGUGUGUGUGUGUGUG